UCCACCGCGGUUAACGCAGAGCCGGGUCUCCGCCGAUGGGCCUCCCCGCUCGACUCAUCCGCGGCUGGUGCGGCUUGGCAGUCCUUUGCCUGCGCCUGUGCGCAUCAUCCUGCAACCCAGACGUUGCGCCGAUAGAGCCUCUGCCCGCGAGGUCGCUGCAGUGCUUCGAGGACGGCCAGGUGUACGGGUGCUGCGAGGGCGCGCUCCGGCUGGACCCGUCGGGGGUGAUGGGCGUGCCGCUGGGGGCGGUGGACUACUACUGCGGCGGAGCGUGCGUGGUGGAGACGGAGGACGUGCUCAACUGCGUGGCCAGCGCGCUGGACGGCUUCAGCUUCCACAACGGCGCCUCCGUGGAGGGCGCGCGCUACGCCCUCAGGAGGGGGUGCAGCCACACCAUCAAGAGAGGGGACUUCAACGCUUUGGAGCCACCCAUGGGCGACUACCCGGACAUCUACGGUGACUACCGCGGCCAUGCCUGCAGGGCUACGCCUCCUCGCAGCAUCAACUUGCUCGCGUUUCUCGCUGGCGCCUGGCUGCUGCUCAUUCAGGGUCGCUGAUCGGUAGCUCACUUCUCAGCAGCUUCUUUUUGGCUCUAGCGUCACGAGCAGAUGAUGUCACUUUUUGGUAAAACGAUCAAUUCUAAGUUUCUAACACAACUUACGAAACCUUUAGUUACACAAACAAUGCAGCAAUCAGGCAAACAAAUGUGUACAGAUCUGUUUUGUGUUGUAAGCCUUUUAGGCUAACUGCUACUCUCCUUUCAAAUGAAAUAUAAAGGGUUGCUUUUU